GCGAAAGGUGAUGAACAGCCUUAAUACUAACGAGGAGUAUUCGCACACAAUCGUCUUUACGAUUAAUAGCAGUCUGAUUCAUGCUUCCUGCUGUUGCCAGCCCUGAUUCAUAGGAUCAUGGUUGACCGAUUGGUAAACAGUGAAGCCAAUGCAAGACGCAUCGCGAUGGUGGAAAACUGCUUCGGCAGUUCGGGCCAGCCAUUGGCAGUACCUGGAAGAGUUCUUGUAGGAGAAGGCGUAUUGACAAAAAUGUGCAGGAAGAAAGCCAAGCCUAGACAGUUUUUUUUAUUUAAUGACAUAUUAGUAUAUGGGAACAUAGUAAUUAAUAAGAAAAAGUACAACAAGCAGCAUAUUAUACCUUUGGAGGAAGUGAAACUUGAAUCUUUAGCUGAUGAUGGUCAGUAUCGCAAUGGCUGGCUCAUUAAAACAGUAACAAAGUCGUUUGCUGUUUAUGCUGCUACUGCAACAGAAAAACAAGAAUGGAUGGCACAUAUUACAAAAUGUAUUGAGGAUUUAUUAAGAAAGAGUGGUAAAAAACCAGUAGAAGUUCAUGCAGCAGUAUGGGUACCAGAUAAUGAUGCACCAAUCUGUAUGCAUUGUAAAAACACACAAUUCACGGUUUUAAAUAGACGGCAUCAUUGUAGACAAUGUGGUGCAGUUGUAUGUGGUCCUUGCAGCAAUAAAAAAUUAUUAUUACCUGGACAAGGAAAUGGGAAGGCCGUCCGCGUAUGUUUGCAGUGUUAUGAUGCAGCUAGUAAAGUUAAAGCAUCAACUCCAGUCAAUAUUGACAGUAUAAACAAUAAAGAUCAACAACGUAAUUCCGCAGACAGUUCAGGAGGUGAUAGUUCUGGCGACGAAGAUGAGGGAAAUAAAGAUGAAAGUCACGAUGAACCUAAAUUUUAUUCACCGCUCGCUCGAUGAAGAUGGCUCAAUGAAAAAACAAAUGUUUAUAUAAAAAAUUGUUAAGAAACAUAUUUUAAAAUGCGAAUCAUGUUAAGUUCAGAUUUAUACUCAAAUUUAUACUAAAUCAAAUUUUUUGAAAAGCUUUUAAAAGCAUUAAAAUUUGUAAAAAUGGAUAGAUGUCUUUUUUACAAAUAAUUCAUAUAAUAUUUAUAAAAUUAUAACACACGAAUAAUUCAUGUAUAAAUAAUUUAUUUGAUAGUGCUUUUGUGAAACACUUUUAACCUUGAAUUUACAUCGGACUUUGUGUUAAACAAUUUUAAAACACCACUUUAUAUGUUAUCGUUGUAAGAGAUAUUUUUUUUAAAGUAACAAAAUUGGAAUUAUUUUGAAACAUUUUCCUUUAUUAUAUAAUUUGUCAUUCCUAUCAUAGCAAAUAAAUGAUACCAUAUAGUGCCUUUCCAUAUAAAACAUUCUUGUUAUAUAAUGAGAUAUAAAUAUUAGAAAGUAAAUUUUAUUCCAAAUUACUUUCGACUUUAAUUACCAGUUUCCGUUUUCUAAUGAAAGUUUAUCAUUAGAAUGUUAUAGAACACCACAAGUAGAGAUAAUUAUGACUCAAAAAAUAUAUAUAUAUUGAUUUAACAGAUUAAUUGUGCUCUAUAUGGCAAUUAUAUGUUCACAAUUACUUCUGUAUAUUGCUUUUUAGAUGAUUAAAUAUAUAAGAAUGAUAUUGCGAAAUACAAUCACACAUUUAUUCUUGUAAGUAAUAUUUUCACGGCAAUAAAAAAAUGUGAUGUGAUUGAUACUAUCGGUAAUAAAUAUAUAUAAUGUAAAUUUAUAAUUUAUAAUAAUUAAAAAAUAGUUAUGAUGUAUCAUUAAUAUUAUGAGGUUGUUACAUAAUUUCUAUCGUAUUUUAUGCGCUUGUCAAAAUUCCUUCGUCAAAAUAAGUGAACGAUUUUUUUUGCAUCCUUGAGAUCAUCUAUUAAAUAUAUAUUUAUCUUUUUUUUUUUAAUUAUAUCAAUUUUAGUUUUUAUCAAAAAAUACGACAGAAAAUAGGCAACAACUUAAUAUAAAAGACUUGAAAGGUUUCACUUUUUGUCUUAUAUAAAAAAAAAAAUAAAAGAACAGAUAUAUUUGUUAUAACGUCAAAGUAUUUUUGAACUGCCGCAAAUUAAAAACAAGAUCUGUAAUAUCUUAAUAUUUUACUACAAACUUUGUACAGUAUAUAUUUGCAUGUCUUGAAAAAAUAUUUUUAUUAUAAAAUCAAUAACAAUAAUAAUAUUAAUGUCAUCAAAUAAUAAUAUUAUAAUGUAUUAUAAAAUGAAUUGUAGACAGAUAUAAUAUGAUGAAUAGAAAAAGUUAAACAAAUAUGCAA